UUUUAAAAAUUUAAUUUCCCCUUUUCCCCAAAUCCAAUUGUUUCAAUUUAGUUCAUCAAUUUUAUACACACUGCUUGCACUCUCUUCUCACUUUCUGGGAAAAAGAUUGGUGGUCAGCAAAAUACAGCACUUUCAAUUUCCUCUUUCUUCUUCCUCAAAUACUUCAAUUUUCACUGAAUUGGGUAUUAAAUAACAAAAAAAACCCAUUUCAAUUUUAAUAUUAUAUCUUACCUAAAACGUCUCUUUCUUGUUGCCAGAUUCUUCGUAGACUUGUUUACAAGUAAGUAAGUCUUUCUUCAACAUUUUCGUCUUACCCAGAAUUUGAUUUUACUUGUUCAAUGUUUUUUUAUGUUUAAUUUUCCUUUUACUGGGUCGUUUUCUGUGUCUGAUUUAGAUUUUUCUUCUUUUGAAUCGUGGAAUUCUAAGUCUAGGGUUUUAGGUUGAAAAAGGUGGGCAAUUUUUUUAUAAUUUUCCCCCAAGAAAAUAUAAUUUGAUUUUAUUAAAAUGUUUUUUUAGGUAUUUAUGAUAGGACCCAAUUGUUGUAUGUUCUUUCUAGGAAGAAUCCUGAGAUGGGUUUGUAUCAAUUAGUCUGAAAUUUGUUGAUUUGUUUUAGCCUUUUAGGGGGGGGGGGGAGGGGGUUAGUGAGAUGUUAGGUGCAGGGGAUGAAGAGGGGCAAGCUAAUGCCCGGAGAACUUAUCUUAGGUCAGUUUCAUGGUCUGAUAGAUCACCUAAUAAGCCUAAUCCUGUAUACCCUAGAGCGCAACCGAGCAAUAAAGCUCGGUCUUGCUUGCCGCCACUCCAACCCCUUUCGAUUUCUAGGCGAACUGUGGAGGAGUGGCCUAAGGCGGGGUCAGAUGAUCUGGGGGUUUGGCCUCUGCCUACUACCCCUGGAGGGAGAAUUGGAAGUGGGUUGGGUGUAAACACGAGUGGGAGUUCGAAAAUUGAGGUUGCUGGGAGAGAGUUUGAAUCUAAUAAGGAUAAGCUUGCUUUCUAUGAGAAGGAAUGCUCGAGGGUAGUGGAGCAUAUAUAUUUAGGAAGUGAAGCUGUGGCUAAAAAUCGCGAGGUUUUGAGGCAGAAUGGGAUCACUCAUGUGCUCAAUUGUGUUGGGUUUGUUUGCCCGGAAUUUUUCAAGGGUGAUCUUGUGUACAAGACACUUUGGUUGCAGGACAGACCCUCAGAAGAUAUAACAAGUAUCCUUUAUGAUGUGUUUGAUUAUUUUGAGGAUGUUAGGGAGCAAGGUGGGCGGGUUUUGGUCCAUUGUUGCCAAGGGGUGUCUCGAUCUACCUCUUUGGUUAUCGCAUAUCUUAUGUGGAAAGAAGGGCAAAGCUUUGAGGAUGCUUUCCAGUAUGUGAAGGCUGCUCGAGGAGUAACUAAUCCUAACAUGGGGUUUGCUUGUCAGCUUCUUCAAUGUCAGAAGAGAGUUCAUGCCAUGCCCAUAAGUCCUAAUUCUAUUUUGAGGAUGUAUAGGAUGGCUCCACAUUCUCCAUAUGCUCCCCUUCAUCUUGUACCCAAAUUAGUGCGCCAUCCUAGCAAACGUAGUCUUGACUCCCGUGGGGCGUUUGUUGUCCAUGUUCCUUCUGCCAUAUAUGUAUGGAAUGGGAAGUAUUGUAGCUCAAUGAUGUCUAAUAAUGCGAGGAAGGCUGCUCAGCAGGUCAUUAAAUAUGAGAGGGCACAUGGACCUCUUCUGCCAAUAAAGGAGGGUGAAGAGCCAUCUGAAUUUUGGGAUACUCUUUCCAGUGGAGAAAUUCUGAACAAUGGUACUGAUGUGAUAGAGUCUAUUGAAGGUAGGACUUUAUGUAGUGGAUUAGUUGAUGAAGACAUGGCCAAUAGUGAUGUUAGCAAUAGAAAAGUUGAUGAAUACGAUCAAGAUUUUGAGAUCUUCAACAAGGCACUUGCCGGUGGAGUUGUUCCUCCUUUUACUUUGUCGAGUUCUGUGAGUGAAACUCAUCUUCCUGCUCGGGAAAAUGGAUGGGGUAGAUUGAGGAAGAAAUUCGCUAAUGGUAUCAUGAAGGGAUUUUUUUUGUCACCUAUUGCUUGCCAGAAUACUCCAUCUGUUCUUGAAAGUGGAACUGACUCCCAACAUAUUGGAGAAGAACCUGUUUCCCCCACUGCCUACUUUUUGCAGUCUACCCUUAAACAUAGCUUAUCUGAAUCUAUCUUACCCAAUACAGAUUGUAUUAGUGAAGGGUUUGAACAGCUUGCUCAUCAUGCUGAUUCAUCAUUUCCAUUACCUAGUCCUUGUAGCUCGCCAGACUCUUUAUCUCCUUAUCCAAACAACAGUCCUCCAUUCAAUUCCAAGUCCCCUUCUCUUUCCCCGUCCACUUCAGAUUAUUCCAGCCCUUUUACCUUUUCACCAUCCUCUUCAAAUUGGUCAGACUCAUCUAACCUUUCUUCACAACCUUCACCUUCGGGGUUGGAAUUAUCUGAUCAUUUGUGUACGAGAACUUCAGCUUCGAGUGAAACCGAUUGUCUAUUUAAAGAAGGGAAUACAAGAUCACGUGUUGAUGCAUUUUCUGCUAUAAAUGGCUGGAAACCAUCGAAUUUCUGUUUGUCAUGUAAAGGUACUUCUCCUUCAAUUGCUGAACGCCGGGGCAGUAAUCCACCUACACUGAUGUUACUUGCAACGGCUGAUUCAGCUCCAGCUCAUGUUUCCAGUACCUUGGUUAGAUCAUGGUCCUUUUCUCUUCCUAACUUGGGUGAGGAGAUAAAAAGUGAAAAUCAUUACGAGCCAAAACAUGGUGAGGUCAGUGAAGUAUGUACAGAUGUCCUGAUGUUAGAUCAGAUCAGUAGAGAAACCGGAGAAGAAAAUAUUCACAGAACGUCUAAACUUGAAUUAUAACCUGAAGCUCAAGCUUCACCAAUUAUGGAGUAAUAGAAGUUUGAGCAUCCCGAGUAAUAGAAGUUUGAGCAUCCCGGGCAGUGCCAAGACCUUACUCUCUCUGCUUGUGAAAUGUUAGGGGAAAUUUGAAUUAUAUUUGCUCCUAAUCAUAUCGGUCCUGGAGAACAUAUAUAUACCUCCAUGUUGUACACUCUAAUGACUAGCAUAUUAGAGCCAUAUGAAGUACAAUAAGAGAACCCUUUUUGCUUUGGUAGACAGAUAAAAUCACAGCAUGUAGACAUGUAGUUUCAAUUGUAAUACUAUAUCAUUACCUCUCAGUUCGAAUUAGAUUAUUAUCAAUUUCAUGUUAUUAAGUUUAAGCCA